AUGACAAAUCAAUGGCCUGAUUAUGAAAGAGAUUCCUCUCGCCAUGGUAGAGGGCAAUUAGAAGAUCUUUCUCAUCGAGGCACUGACGGGGAUUACGACCGUCCGGAACGAGGAACUAAUUAUGAGAAGCAAGAAAGGUCUCGGUCUCGUUCACCAAGUGGACGGGUGCCUCGUACUGAACAAGAUGAUGUUGCGGCUGAAAAUCCGGGGACUAAUCUAUUCAUAUCCGGCAUUGCACCUCGUAUGGAUGAAAAGGAACUUGAAGAGAUCUUUUCUCGCUUUGGAAAUGUUGUAAAAUGCAGUAUUGUUUCAGACCCUUAUACAAAAGAGUCCAGAGGUUUUGGUUUUGUUACUAUGGCUACGCCUGAGGAUGCAGAUAAAGCCAUUGAGGCAGCAAAUGGACAGGAAUAUUAUGGAAGGGUCUUUAGUGUAGAGAAAGCUCGCAGAGGUGGUCCUCGGACAUCUACACCAGGAACUUAUAUGGGUCCUCGUAGACGUGAUAAUUACGCCUCUCGUCGUUCAGAUUCAUAUGGUCGAGAUUAUUAUAGAGAUCGUCGUAGUGACCGUUAUGGAGAUCGCUAUGGAGAUCGUUAUGGGGAUCGUUAUGGGGAUAGAUAUGGUGAUCGUUAUGGUGAUCGUUAUAGUGAUCGUUAUGGUGAUCGUUAUAGUGAUCGUUAUGGUGAUCGUUAUGAUGAUCGUCGUGGGCUACGUAGUCAAGGUUAUAGUGAUAGAUAUUCUUCACGCCAUGAUCGUCGUGAAUCCCAUGAUUUCCGCCGUGAGCGAUAUGAUGAUAGGGGGCAUGAUAAAGACCGCCGUGAAAGAGAAUAUCGUUAA